UUGAUGACUACUUAAUAGUAUGCAAUAGUUGAAAUCCCAUUAUUAUCAUGUUCAGCAUCAACAUCUAUCAAAAAUUGAUAAUUCUCCUUCUUAGUUUCUUUGGUCUGCAGCACAGGAAACUACAAGUUCUUUUUGAAUUACCACGCAAAUAAACAAGAUACGUCUUUUUCACUAGAAAAUUCCGUAUGUCUGCGGCAGGUGGGCGAUGUCGUGCCCCACGAUGCAAAAGGGAAACUGGAUUAUUAUUUGCGCCUGCAGCGAUCCUGCCGUGGUUCGUCACUCUUGGCAAAUCUGGCACGGCAUUGUGAAGCACAAGGACAGUGUACUGUUCCCAAGGACAAGUGGAGCUGCAAUAUCUGUGGUACGGCAUUAACGGCGCCCUGUUCCGAUAGCGUCACAAGUAAUUCGGUUAGUACCGAACAACAUGAGAGGCAGGUCAAGCGGGUCGGGUGGCUUAAUUGUGAUGCCUCCCAGAUGACGGCACCGUAUGUAGGAGAUGGGAACUGGGUGCUGGAAAAGGGCUGCGGACGUGUGCUGAAUGAGACCAGUACCAUACCGCCGGGAUUGUGGCCAUCGAACAGCGUCUGCGAUCCGUAUUAUUAUGGCUCCUUAAUCUGGAAUAACUGCUGCUACAAAGUAUCGGCCAGUGAAUACCGUUGCUACUGCAAAGAUGUAGACCAUAAUUUUGAUUGGAGAUCGUGUACACACCCAUGCAAUCUGCAAGGAUUAUACAGUAAUUUCCUCCAACUGGCCAUCUACAAGAUGUAUCAGGAUAGACCAGUUGGACAGUGGUUUAGCUUUGAGCCGAGUCCCACGACAACCACAACGACCACUACGACGACUACAACUACAACAAGGACAACCACCACCACAACUAGGACCACGACACCCACAACCACAACGACCACGCCCACUACAACGACACCUACCACAACAACAACGCCCACGACAACCACCACGCCCACUACAACGACAACCACACCUACCACAACAACAACAUCAACGACCACGCCCACUACAACGACAACCACCACAACUAGACCCACGACAACAACAACGCCCACGACAACGACCACGCCCACUAAAACGACAACCACACCUACCACAACAACAACAUUAACGACAACGCCCACUACAACGACAACCACACCUACCACAACAACAACAUCUACUACACCGACAACGCCCACUACAACGACAACCACAUCGAUGACGACGACAACAUCGCCUACUACGACAUCCACAACGACCUCAAAGCCUGAAGACAUUGAAACAACGCCCGAAGAACCUGAUUAUCAGCUCCGAGGCCAUGAUUCGCGCACGACAACCACAUACGUGCGAUACAGUCGGCGCACUAAAGGGACCACCAAAGUACCAGUAUACAUGACUCCGAUGGUGUUAAGCGGAAUGUCAGCCGGUGCUACGCUGUUCCUGGUCGCCGUGAUCGCUUUAGCGCACUGGUGCUGUAAAAGAAGGUUGAAAGGACGACUAGAGCAGCCGGCGGACGGUGCCGUGCACAACGAAGUACGCGUCAUCCAUCGGCCGCGGCCCAAGUGGAAUUUCAUUACCGCCGAAGAGAUCAAAGUCACCAGCAGGGUCAAAGACACGUAAUUUCUGUAUUAGGUUUCAUCUACAGUACUGUAUGUUACUUUUUAUUGUGUUUACCCGUAUAUUCCUUCGCUUAAUGGUAUAUGCCACAUUAUACAUACUGUAUAUUCAAUAUACAUUAUACAGUACAAUUAAUUAUGAGUGUUGUCGUUGAAAUGUGUGAGUCUUGUCAUCUUUUGUUUCUUUUAAUGCAUUGUUUAUGGAAAUAUUGGAUUAGAAAAAUACGAAUGAUUCAUUAUGAUUGUG